GCUGAGGGUCACGUGGGCGCGGCCGCUCUCUAGGCCUGGGUUGGUCUCCCGGCGCGGGGUUUGGUGCCGCGGGGCUCCGGAGCCGCUCGCUCCGGACCGGGCUCACGAUGCGCGGCGGGCAGGGCGCUGUGGGAGCCCGGGUGCUCCAGUUCACCAACUGCCGCAUCCUGCGCGGAGGGAAGCUGCUCAGGGAGGACCUUUGGGUGCGCGGCGGCCGCAUCCUGGAUCCGGAGAAGCUCUUCUUUGAGGAGCGGCGCGUGGCCGACGAGCGGCGGGACUGCGGGGGCCGCAUCUUGGCGCCCGGCUUCAUCGACGUGCAGAUCAACGGUGGAUUUGGUGUUGACUUCUCCCAGGCCACGGAGGACGUGGGUUCGGGGGUUGCCCUGGUGGCCCGGAGGAUCCUGUCGCAUGGUGUCACCUCCUUCUGCCCCACCCUGGUCACUUCCCCACCGGAGGUUUAUCACAAGGUUGUUCCUCAGAUCCCUGUGAAGAGUGGUGGUCCCCAUGGGGCAGGGGUCCUCGGGCUGCACCUGGAGGGCCCCUUCAUCAGCCGGGAGAAGCGGGGCGCACACCCCGAGGCCCACCUCCGCUCCUUCGAGGCCAAUGCCUUCCAGGACUUGCUGGCCACCUACGGUACCCUGGACAAUGUCCGCAUCGUGACGUUGGCCCCGGAGCUGGGCCGUAGCCACGAGGUGAUCCAGGAGCUGACAGCCCGAGGCAUCUGUGUGUCCCUAGGGCACUCAGUGGCCGACCUGCGGGCGGCAGAGGAUGCUGUGUGGAGCGGAGCUGCCUUCAUCACCCACCUCUUCAACGCCAUGCUGCCUUUCCACCACCGCGACCCAGGCAUCGUGGGGCUCCUGACCAGUGACCGGCUGCCCGUGGGCCGCUGCAUCUUCUACGGGAUGAUUGCAGAUGGCACGCACACUAACCCUGCCGCCCUGCGGAUUGCCCACCGUGCCCACCCCCAGGGACUGGUGCUGGUCACCGAUGCCAUCCCUGCCCUGGGCCUGGGCAACGGCCGGCACACGCUGGGACAGCAGGAAGUGGAAGUGGAUGGGCUGACGGCCUACGUGGCAGGCACCAAGACGCUGAGCGGCAGCAUAGCCCCAAUGGACGUCUGUGUCCGGCAUUUCCUGCAGGCCACAGGCUGUAGCGUGGAGUUGGCUCUGGAAGCUGCAUCCCUGCACCCUGCCCAGUUGCUGGGGCUGGAGAAGAGUAAGGGGACCCUGGACUUCGGUGCUGACGCAGACUUCGUGGUGCUCGACGACUCCCUCCACGUCCAGGCCACCUACAUCUCGGGUGAGCUGGUGUGGCAGGCGGAGGCAGCCAGGCAGUGAGGAGGACCUCAGCUGAGAGCACGCCCGGCCGAAGCUGAAUGCCGUCGGGGCCGGGUGGUUGGGGAGCUGGACUCCAGGGAGCAAGCUGGGAGCCCUGCUGGGCUAAUGCCCAGGGCCUGUGCGGCCGCCCCGGAGGCGGUGGCUGGGAUAAACGUGUACCCAGUAGGAUUUGACUCGGCUCUGGGUUUUGCUUGUGUUCACACGUGGCACCGUUCCCGUUUGCCCUCCUGGGGAAGGCAUUGGAGGGCUGGGGCUCAGCCUGGGUCUUGUGGGCCUUGGUGGGGGACAGGGUCUGUCUGCAUGAGGUGGACCUGAGACUUGCAGGGCCCCGGAAAAUGUCACUGUGGGAGGGAGAGGGCAGCCAGUCAGAAGCUGGCACCGUGGGGUGAAGCCGCUGUAGGCUGCAGGUGGAGAGUGGGCAGGAAGGGGGGCCGGGCACAGGGGGUGUGGACAGUCAGGGAUUUGCUGUCUGCACCUGAGUUGGGUGUGCAGCGUGGAGUCCAUGGCCUACUUGUGGACUAGGGCACAGUGCCAGGUGGUCCGCUCUGACCUCCAGGAAGGAGGCUGUGCCUGGAACCCGUGUCCUCUGCUCCCUCGCCUGCCCAGCCCUCAGUGCCAUGAAUGACCUGCAUUCUGUCUCAACAACCCUGUCUCCUCACCCAUCCCCAGGCCUGGUGCUUGCCGGCCAUGGUGACCCUGCCUGGUGCUGGAGGGCAGUGUGGGAGACACCAGUGUGCCCUGCUCACCCCGUGUCAUCCUGCCAUCUUCCAUGUCCCCUUGGCCCUGAGACACACCCAUGAGGCCAGCACAGGCCGUGAGGCGCCCUGAACAGCUUCGAUGCGGGUGGGCUUUGGGAGCCUUCUGGCUUUGAGGACAGCCAUGAUGGCGCCAGACGUCAGGGACUGGUGCAGCCCCAGGUCAGGGGUGGUUGUCUUGACUUUCCAUUUGGGUUCUGGGGUGGGUGGCCCCAUUCCCCCUCACUUACAGGUGUUGUCCUGGGUGCAGGAGGUAUGCACCUGGCAUUGCCACUGUUCCUUCCCCUCUGCUGCAAAGCCCAGUUAAGGAAAUGUCUCCAGGUUCAGAGAUGAGGAUGGUCUAGGCUCCAGCUGUUGGAAGAGAACAACCAGGGAGGAGCCACCUGCCAGACAGGGCCUGGCCUGAGGGAGGGCCUGGGGUUGAUCUCAGCCCACAGCCCCAGAGGGUACAUGGGCACCCAGGAAAGCAGGCACCCGUUGUGGAUCCUGACCUCCUGGGAGGUGUGGGGUACAGGGAUACCUAGCUCUUCCUCGACAACCUUGCACCCCUCACGACGUGGCCACCCAGCGCCUGCCUGAGCUGGGCCUGGGAGAGGAGCUGUCUGCCCGGACUCCCAGGCAGGGAGAGCGAGGCGAGGUUCUCAGCGAUGUGUUUGAAGCUGAGCAGCACCUGUGCCCAGCUUGCUGGCUGUAGGCGAUUGCUGGCUGUAGGCGCUUGCUCAGCCAAAACCCAGAGCUGGCCUGUUAGUCGUCCCCACCUCAGACGGGGCACCCAGUCCCAGAGCUGGGGAGCUGUGGGCCAGCCUUUGGGCCGUGCCUGCCACAUUCCACUGACUAGCGCCUUACCUCUGUGGGUGGAGGGUUGGGGAGGGGAUGGCUGAGAUGGGUGGUCUGUAAGGUGACCCCAGAAACUGGGAGCUAGUCAUGAGUGGUGGGAGGGGGCCUGGGGUCAGGGUGAGUGAGCUAAGCCAGGGAGCUGCUGCCAGAGUUUGGAUUUUAUUUGAGGCAUGAGGGAAGCACUCUUGGUGGGUUUUGGUUUGCUUUUUAAAAAUUGUAAACUACAUACAACAAAAGUAACUAUCCUAA